AAUCUAAUAUUAGAUUGAAGACGCGUAAAAUUCACUGUGCUAUCAAUGUGACACAGAAACUCAGUGGUUCGAAACUACGUAAAUAUAAGGAUGAAAUUGGUCAGACAUCUACCAGGAUUUCGCCCAUUUCCGUCUUCAAAAUAUUACAUCUACUCAGUUUUGUUCAUCUUCACAGUCAUUCUCAUCUAUUUAUACUCAUCUCCUCGGGAAUUGGGCACCAGUAUUUUUGUCUUUACGAACAAGUACGGUGUUAGGUUCGAGCCAUCAACGAUUUCAACUGAGGAGAGAGAUUUCAGCACAUCUCCUGCACACUUGAAAAAUUCUACUACCAAGUCAAAAAUCGCCGAUUCCCUGGAAAGCAUAUCAAACACUUCAACGAUGUCAAAUGUCACAAGUGCUGAAUUAUUAAAUGAAAGGCUUUCAACGCAACCGCGGAAAGGCUAUUUAGUCUAUUCAAGCAACUGUAAAAUUCCUGACAUUGAUCCGAUGGACCCAAGUAUUAAAAAUUUGAUCACUUUUAAAAAACCAUUAAACUGUACGAAACGAGAACCAAUUACUAAAACAGAUGGAAAUUGGCUUAUAUUAGAUAAAAACGCAGUCAUGAGAAGAGGUUUUAAAAACUACACUUGCUGUUAUAGGUCUCUUGAAAGAUAUGAAGCCGAAGACGCAUCAUAUAAGGAUUGGAAAUAUGUAUAUGGGGACUGUCUGAGCUUGACAGACAAAGUUAGAAUACACGACGAGUUUGUAACAGUUAUCUGUAGAGGUACUAUCAGCAAUAAAAAAAUUUAUCAAGAAUUCCACAGUUUCAUUCACGAUAAAUUCGAAGUAGAAAAACGAUGCAAAGCUCAGAAAACGCCACCAUACAGCGUCAUGAUACUGGGAAUAGAUUCUGUUUCAAGAUUGAACGCGCAUAGACAACUGAACAAGACUGCAAGCUAUUUAUUGAACAACAUGAAGGCUGAAGAAAUGUUCGGGUUCAAUAAAAUCGGCGACAAUACCUUUCCGAAUCUAGCAGCUAUGCUUCUAGGCUACGACGAAAGGGAGCUAUCAAGAGUUUGUUGGAAUUCUUCUGCCUCAGAGACAUUCGACAACUGCAAUUUUCUGUGGACCAGUUUCGCUGAAAGGGGCUACAGAACACUCUAUGCAGAAGAUGUCCCCCACAUAUCUACUUUCAAUUACGUAAAAGAAGGAUUUUAUGAUCAGCCUACAGACUAUUACUUCCGCCCUUUCAUAUUACCAUAUGAGGAUAAACUCGGCUGGAAAAAGACGGGUAAUUGUCGUUUAUGUGUUGGUUCUGUAUCCGAAACUGAUGCAGUACUUCAUUGGACAGGAAAAUUCGCGAGCCAUUUUAAAAAUAAGGCCUAUUUUUCGUUCAUUUGGAUCAAUAGUGUUACUCAUGAUGAUGGCAAUGCUGCUUCUAAAGUUGAUGAUAGGUAUGAGAAAUUCUUUAGAGAUUUGCAUCAGUCUGGAGCGUUAAAUAGAACCAUUGUGGUUGUCAUGGGAGAUCAUGGUAUGCGUUUUGGCCGCUUGCGAGCUACAUCUGUUGGCAUGCUAGAAGAAAGAUUACCUAUGCUAUUUAUAGCUUUACCACCAAACUUCCGAAAACAGUAUCCCAAGGAAUCAGCAAACUUAAGAAUUAACACCCAUCGUUUAGUCACGCCAUUUGAUUUAUAUGCGACUUUCCAAAAUAUCCUCUAUAUCCAGGAAGAUUGGUCGCUCACUAACAUGGACGACGUUAGCAAAGAACUUGCUCAAAAUUUUACUACCAGAGCGAAUUCUUUGUUCGGAACUAUAUCGGAAGACAGAUCUUGUGCAGAUGCUUUCAUUGACGAACACUGGUGCACUUGUAAACCUUAUAUAUCGAUAGAUGUCGAAGUUAGUGAUAAUCUUAUUGCGCAUCUUGCCGAGUAUCUCGUGAAAUACAUAAAUGAAUUACUUUUGCGAGUGUCCAAUGUAUGUGCUAAAUUAAAGUUAAAGUCAAUUAAUAAUGCCAUAAUGCAAUCGCCUAGCAUCGAACGUACUGACCUUAAAGAGGAUGGAGAUAUUUAUACAGUAACAGUCUCCACCUUACCUGGUGGGGCGAUUUUUGAAGGUACAGUACGUACCGCUCAGCCAGAUUAUAUAUUUGAAGUAUUAGGAACCAUAUCGAGAUUGAAUUUAUAUGGAAAUCAAUCAGCGUGUGUAAAUGAUGCCAUCUUAAAAAAAUACUGUUUCUGCUCUUUAUGAGAGUUAAGAUUAGUUCUAAAUUAAUAAAUAUAUUUAAAUUAA